AAAAAUGAAUUAUCAGUGUGUUGCCUACACUGAUUGUAGCAGAAAUGCAAGCAAUGAUGUUUAUAUUGGUUAUUCGUUAUUUGCAUAACGCAGUUGUACGAAGUUCAGUGAAAUUAUCUCAGAAUUUUUAUAAUUAAUUUCUGUCAAAUUGUUUUAAUACAAAAUGGCAGUGUUAAAGAACGUGGUGGCGCUGGUGACGGGCGGUGCGUCCGGCCUGGGCCACGCCACGGUGGAGCGCAUCGCCAGGCUCGGGGGACGCGUGGUGCUGUGCGACCUGCCGACGUCUGCCGGGGAGAAAGCUGCCGGCGCCCUGGGCGACAGCGUUGUGUUCGCACCCACCGAUGUGACCUCUGAGAAAGACGUCACUAAUGCUGUUCAGAUGGCGAAAGAUAAAUUUGGCUCCCUCAACGCGGUGGUGAACUGCGCUGGUAUUGGUAUUGCGUUCAAGACCUACAAUUUCAACAAGAAAGUGCCGCAUAAACUUGAAGACUUCACGCGGGUUCUUAUGGUGAACACGGUGGGCACGUUCAACGUGACCCGUCUGUCGCUCGGCCUGAUGGGGGAGAACGCGCCCGACGAGGACGGCCAGCGGGGGGUGGUUGUGAACACGGCCAGCGUGGCGGCCUUCGAGGGGCAGAUGGGGCAGGUGGCGUACUCGGCGAGCAAGGGGGCCAUCGUGGGCAUGACCCUGCCCAUGGCGCGGGACCUGGCGUCGCACGGCAUACGGGUCUGCACCGUCGCGCCAGGCCUGUUCGACACCCCGCUGCUCGCCAGCCUGCCGGACAAGGUGAGGAGCUUCCUUGCCAAGAACAUCCCCUUCCCGCAGAGGCUCGGCAAGCCCGAGGAGUUCGCGCACCUGGUCCAGGCCGUCAUAGAGAACCCGCUGCUGAACGGCGAGGUGAUCCGCCUCGACGGAGCUCUGCGCAUGAUGCCGUGAUUCCCGGGCCGUUUGUUGUGUUGAUGGUUUGAUUUAUGGUGAGAGAGGGAUUUUAUAUUGCACUAUAUUUUUACAGUGACUAUGGUUUUUAUUAAUAAUAAAUUGCUUUGAAAGUUUUAAA